UCAUAGCGGCACGGGCUGGCGGCGCGACAGCCGGGCGAGUUUCGUUCAAAGCAGUCUUCUCGUGGCCACCGCACCGAACACGCCAAGUAAAUAAUAAAAUUAGUUGUAGGAAAUAUUUAAAUUUAAACACAAACCAUGAGGGAAAUAGUGCAUCUUCAGGCUGGGCAGUGCGGGAACCAGAUUGGCGCCAAAUUCUGGGAAAUAAUCUCUGAAGAGCACGGGAUCGACCCCACCGGCGUGUACAAGGGCACCAGCGACUUGCAGCUCGAGAGGAUCUCCGUGUACUACAAUGAGGCCUCUGUUGCGACGGCGGAGAAUGGCGGCAAGUACGUGCCCCGCGCCAUCCUGCUGGACCUGGAGCCCGGCACCAUGGACGCCGUGCGCUCCGGCCAGUACGGCCAGCUGUUCCGCCCCGACAACUUCGUGUUCGGCCAGUCCGGCGCCGGCAACAACUGGGCCAAGGGGCACUACACCGAGGGCGCCGAGCUCGUCGACGCAGUACUAGACGUAGUCAGGAAGGAGUGCGAGAACUGUGACUGCCUCCAGGGUUUCCAGCUCACACACUCGCUCGGAGGCGGCACCGGCUCCGGAAUGGGAACGCUCCUCAUCUCCAAAAUCAGAGAAGAAUACCCCGACAGAAUCAUGAACACAUACUCCGUAGUACCCUCACCUAAAGUUUCCGACACAGUAGUAGAACCUUACAAUGCCGUGCUCUCUAUUCACCAGCUCGUUGAGAACACAGACGAAACCUACUGCAUAGACAACGAAGCUCUCUAUGAUAUCUGUUAUAGAACCCUUAAAGUCCCCAAUCCCACAUACGGCGAUCUCAAUCACUUGGUGUCGCUCACCAUGUCCGGAGUCACCACGUGCCUGCGGUUCCCCGGUCAGCUGAACGCUGAUCUCCGCAAGCUGGCCGUCAACAUGGUUCCCUUCCCGCGUCUCCACUUCUUCAUGCCCGGGUUCGCGCCGCUCACGUCCCGCGGCAGCCAGCAGUACCGCGCGCUGACCGUGCCCGAGCUCACCCAGCAGAUGUUCGACGCCAAGAACAUGAUGGCGGCUUGCGACCCGCGCCACGGCCGCUACCUCACCGUGGCCGCCAUCUUCCGCGGACGCAUGUCCAUGAAGGAGGUCGACGAGCAGAUGCUGUCGAUUCAGAACAAGAACAGCAGCUUCUUCGUGGAGUGGAUCCCGAACAACGUGAAGACGGCGUGCUGCGACAUCCCGCCGAAGGGUCUGAAGAUGUCAUCCACGUUCAUCGGCAACACGACGGCGAUCCAGGAGUUGUUCAAGCGUAUAUCGGAGCAGUUCUCGGCCAUGUUCAGGCGUAAGGCGUUCUUGCAUUGGUACACGGGCGAGGGCAUGGACGAGAUGGAGUUCAACGAGGCCGAGAGCAACGUGAACGACCUGGUGUCGGAGUACCAGCAGUACCAGGAGGCGUCGGCGGAGGACGACACGGAGUUCGACCAGGAGGACCUCGAGGAGCUGGCGGCCGACGAGCACCGCGACUAGGCGCCUCCACUCGCUACAUUCGGCGCCUCCACUGGCAACUCGGGGCGCCUACACUCGUGGGCCUGGCUGGGACAGUGCGGAUACUCCACACGUUGCUUCGAACCUCUCUUGCGUCGUAUUUUGAAGCUGUCGAUGUCGUCAUGGCAUCAAGUUUCUUCACUCGCCAGAGAUUAUAAUUUAUAUCUCUCAUCCAUUUUAAUUUUAUGUAUUUUUACAACGAAGCUAUCUAGAAUUAAGUCGCGUCAUAAUAUUUUAUCUGCAAUUUACCAAAGCAUUUUAACAAUAUGUUUAUGAGAGUAGUAUUUUUGUAUUUUAAAAGCGAGUGUAUUCGCACUGUGAAUCGUCACGAUGUGACGUUUUUGUACAAGUGCAAAAAAUAUGAAUUUUACAAUGAAAUGAUGAUAGUAUUAUAUUGAAAGUCUGUUUUAAUAAAAUGAUUUUAGAAAUAUAAGAGUCAAAGCAAUAACGUACCAAUCUGUGCAUUUCUUAGCAUAAGUUAUUGUAAUGUCUUGUAUGCUUUUUUAUAUAUUAAUUUAUAAAUUAAUAAAAUGUUUUUAACCAA